AUGUCAGAUCGUGAGCGUGAUCGUAGUGCGAGCCGUCGCGGUAGUCGCAGCCCCAGUCAUGAGCGUCGCAGUGACCGUGAUCGGAGUGAUAGUAGACGUCGUGAACGAUCUCCUGACGAGAAUACUCGGUUGAGGCUCGAAAUGAGAACAAUGAUAGCUCGUCUUAGUGCGUUAGAAAAUAAGUCUAGGGCUACAUCUAUUCCAGCGCGUUCGAGUGAGCACAUGGCGGGUUCUAGUGUUCGUGAUGUGUUAGUGUCAGAAAAUGUGCACGAUAGAUCGCCAUCGCGGCGCCGGCAAACACGAUUGUUAGGGCGCAAUAUCUCGCGAUCGCCUGAUCGCACGGUUUCACGUAGUGUACGUCGUCCGUUGUCGCCGCGGUGUAGGUCAAGAUCCCCUAAUAAGUAUACGACAUCGCGGUCGCGUGACCACGUGUUGCCUACUCGAGAAGUUAGUCAACGCCGACGUUCUCGAUCCAGAUCGCCACGUCGUGGUAGCGAGGUGGAUGCGUCGAUGCAUUCUACCAUUACUGAUCGUAUUGUAGAUGUGAUUAAUUCUAUUAAUAACGCGGGUAGAUUUAGCCAACACUUUUACAUUUCUAAUUUCGAUCCCGACCUACACAACAUUGAUGAUUGGUGUGCGGAGCUCGUGGCCGGCUCGUACGGGAAAUCAACGCAAGCGGCUGCGGAAUACAUGAUUCUGUGGCAAGGAGAGUGGACUCCCGAUGUGUGCUCUGCUAUGUUUAAUGAUGCAGAGGACGAGGAGUCGACAGCUCCUAGCGUUACCCAGCCUUACAAUGUUGACGUUCCUGGUGACGCGAGUGAGCCGCAACCUAGUACGUCAGGGACGCAGAUACAUGGCGAAGAGCCUGCUGCGUCACCCACCUUCACGUCGAGCGAUGACAGCACAGAGCCUUCGAUGCCAAUGCUGGAGACUAAUCUCCAGAGU